GGAGGAGAAAGCGAAAGGAAGAGUGCGUCCUGGCUGCCGAGUCGCCCGGGGAGGAAGCCCUGGGGCAGGAACGUGGCUGCGAGGUCCGGGGAGCGCGGCCUCCGCCCCGAGGACCCCCGACUGCCCUGCCAGCGGCCCUGAGACGGCGCCGGGCCCGCGCGGCCUUCCCGGGAGCCUCCAGCGGCGUCGGCGCAGCCGGCCAGGCCCGGGGCGGGGCGGCCCGAGCGCGGCGCGUGACGCGGGGCGGGGCGAGAGCGGACGGCGCCGCCGAGGCCACGGACUCCCGCCGACCCGGAGCGCCGGUCCCGCCGGGGCUCCCCGCCCCGGGCCCAGGGGUAGGAGCCAGAGGGUGUGGCUGCCUCUACAGGGAACGUCCUCCUCACUUUUUUCUGGGAUGGGAGCAGAGGGAAGACAAUGAACUGCUACUUUGGCCAACCGCCUGUGUGCAUCCUGCCCUGCUCCAGCCAUGGCCCCAGUGACCAUCAACGAGCUGCCCGAGAACAUCCUGCUGGAGCUGUUCACACACGUGCCCGCCCGCCAGCUGCUGCUGCACUGCCGCCUGGUCUGCAGCCUCUGGCGAGACCUCAUCGACCUCAUGACCCUGUGGAAGCGCAAGUGCCUGUGCGAGGGCUUCAUCACCAAGGACUGGGACCAGCCGGUGGCCGACUGGAAGGUGUUCUACUUCCUGUGCACUCUCCGCAGGAACCUGCUGCACAACCCGUGUGCCGAAGAGGACAUGGGAUCCUGGCGAAUCGACUCCAAUGGGGGGGACCGCUGGAAGGUGGAGAGCCUCCCUGGAGAUCAUGGGACAGAUUUUCCUGACCCAAAUGUCCAGAAGUACUUUGUCACAUCCUACGGCAUGUGCCUCAAGUCCCAGCUGGUGGACCUCAAGGCCGAGGGCUACUGGGAGGAGCUGCUGGACACGUUUCGGCCCGACAUCGUGGUCAAGGACUGGUUUGCUCCCAGAUCAGACUGUGGCUGUGCCUACCACAUCCGCGUCCAGCUGACUUCAGCUGACUAUAUCGUCUUGGCCUCCUUCGAGCCCCCACCCGUGAUCAUCCACCAGUGGAACGAUGCCAAGUGGACGGAGGUCUCCCACACCUUCUCAGACUACCCUCCAGGCGUCCGCCACAUCCUCUUCCAGCAUGGAGGCCAGGACACCCAUUUCUGGGCAGGCUGGUAUGGGCCCCGCGUCACCAACAGCAGCAUCAUCAUCAGCCAUAAGACGACCAGGAGCCUGGCACCCGCCGACGGCUCAGCCUGAAGACCACACGGGGUGGGAGGUGGCCACCGCCUGCCGUCCUCACCUGUGUCUCCACGGGCCCCCCUGGUGGUCCAUCGUCUGCCUGGCUGGCCAUCCAGCCUCUGUCCAGGCCAGCCGAGUGCCCAAAGUUCCCUCCAGGCGAGAGCUGGGCCUGUGGUGGGCACGGAAGCCCCUGCCCCGGGAUCUCCUGCCCCAGUUCCAACCUCGGGCCAACCAUCAGUUUGUGGUAACUGACUGUCACAUGGCUGCGAUGUUUCAUCGGAAUAAAUGUUUUCAGUAAAAGUC